GUGUGUAGUUUUCUAGGAUGUUUUUGUCUUCUACAGUUUUCAACUGCACACAUGUUUUUGUGCUACUUACUUUCAGUAAAUCUGUUCAUGGUGAAUAAAAGCACAAUUCUCACACAUAGAUGAUACUGAAUUCUUAAGUCUCUAGAUUGUUGAAUACUAUAAACAUGAUAACAUUCCUGCAAAAACACAUGAACAAUGGCAGCAACCAAACUAUACAGGUAGAGAUGGGGUCCUGUCAGGGCUCUCGGUGCAGCUUCUCUGCCCCCAUCAGGUGGGAUGGUGGAGUCUGAUAGAAUAUUCUGAGCACUUCCAAUAAAACUCUCAGUUCCUCUUCAAUUUAUAUAAAUUUCCUGGGCAGGUACUGCAGGUACAUUUGUCUUACUUCUGCUUCUCUCAAUCUCAUUUUCCACCAUCAACCACAGACAGACACCUGUCCUCCAUGCAGUGUCUGUUCACGUUACAGUGUUUGACCGUCACAUGCAGAUUAUCAGCAGGUGCUUUCCACCCACAACUCUCUGAAAAUCACAUACGGGGAAAUGGGCAGCAUUGAAGGUAACCACAUGCUGGAAACUGCUGGAACUUUUUUUCUUUCUUUCUCCUAAAUCGACUUCCUCAUUCAGUCUUAAUACCUCAACCUCUAAAUUUAUGAAAUAAAUUGAGGCAAUCAAGGCAUUUCUAUGUGACUUUGACGAUCUGUUGUCCGUCUGGGCUGGUUGGCAGGGCAGGGGCCACUGUGAGUCUGGAGAAGGAGCGGACAGUUUCCUGUUUGACUUAAGUUUCUCUGAUGAUGUCACACAGCUGGAGUAAAACAGUGCCUCAGGGUAAUUACCAUAUUAACAUAGGCAUUAAGGUGUGACAGGAAGGUUAAACUCCCCUUUGAUGAGUUUCAAAAUAAAGAGCAUGCUCGAACAAGGGAACUACAAGUUACAAGUGACAAUUGAGCAAAAUAAUCAAAAAUACAGUAUGUUGACAUGUAUGACAAGUGGACGACAGAAAAAUCUUCUGUGUUGCAUCUACGGUCCAACUUGGUUUGGUCUGCUCAGUGUUAGCGUUAGUGUAACACAUAUUUCUGUUUUAUUCAUGCAUAAAACCAAUGACAAACAUUGGUGUCCAACAUCAGUCGUUGUAAUGCUUCUUCUGUGUUACUGCUAUGCUCAAUUAUUUCUACUUUCUCACUGUAGCUGGGGCCAAUCCACUCAUUCAUUUGCAAAGUAACAAUACAAAGUAAAGUAGGAUUAAACUUACACAUCGGGCAGCAUUUUGGCAAUGGUGGGGGGAAACAUUUCCUUUAAAAGGAAGAAAUUUCCAGAAUAUUCCAGCAGGUGAUUGCAUCAGGUGAGUCUGUCUUAUUGUUAUUGUGAAAGUGCCUGAGUCUGUACUUCCUGUUAGGAAACUGAAAGUUAACGCAACACUUUACGGCCAGAUUACCGCCAGAUUUGGAAGAUGAAUAUGUUUGUGACAUUUUUACUGCUGACAGUCCUGUGGGAAGAGCCAGGAAGAGUGGACGCAGGUGACCAAAUGAAGACAAGGAGACAAACGUCAGUCACUGUUGGACAGCUGGAGCUGAGCCAGAACACAGGAAGUGCAGAUUUACAGCAUGUGAAUGUGACGGAAGGAGAGGACUCUGUGGUGCUGCCCUGUCAGGUGAAUGUGUCCAACACAUCUGUUGUAGUGUGGAGUCGCAAUAAGUCAGGGAUUGUUCAUGUGCACCCGUGGGACAGAGACAGUCUGGACCUCCAGCACCAGAGGUACAAGAACCGAACACAGAUGCAUCCAGACGCUCUGCAGAGUGGAAACCUAAGCCUCACACUGUUGAAACCAACUACAAAUGACAGUGACCUUUACAAGUGCAAUGUCAGAGAGUAUGGAAAGGAUCUCAGCGAAAGAAAAGUGCAACUAAAGGUCACAGAACCAUCAUCACCCACUACAGCGGAGGUGGUGGGGCCGGUGGUGGGGCUGGUGGUGGGGCUGGUGGCAGUGGUGGGGCUGGUGGUGUGGAUUUUCUACUGUAAAAAGUCGAGAGCUCACCAGCGACAGGAUGUCCCCGAAGCGCAGCCACUCACGGGUCAGAGGUCAGAUGGUGAACAUCAGAGGUGCAGAGAGAGAAAGGAGGUAGACUCAGGGGUGGCGUCUGCUCAGCUGUCGGUGAGAAACACAGCGUGUCAAACACAGAUGCCAGAUGUCAAAAUAGAGUGGAAAAAAGGAGCUGUACUAGUCAGCUCUUAUGGCCCCGAUGGAAGCACUGAUGAAGGCCCUAGUUAUAGAGCGAGAACAACCAUCAAUCAGGAGGACUUUAGUCUCACCCUGAAGCACCCACAAGUCCAGGAAGAAGGAAUCUACACCUGCACCGUCUAUGACAAAGAUGAGAAAAUCCUGAUGAAACAGGAGGUGGAGCUUCAUGUCAAAGUCCCCCAGAUGGUGGUGUGUCCAGGACAGAAGUCUGUCUGUCUGUCCUUUGAUACUGAAGUCCUGCCAGGAAACAUUAAGGUGAUUUGGGACCUUGUAAAACCAGGGGAAAAAGGUGUUUACAUACACAUCGAGAACGACCCUGAAAACACAGGGCCAGAACAGGACUACAGAGACAGGGCACAGAUGGAAAUCAAUGGUAAUAGAUGCAGGCUCACACUGACCCUGGAUCCAUGGAUGCCUGAAGACUUCGGGACCUACAGCUGUACAGUGUUGGAAAACAACGACGAAGGCCGCUACCUGAGAAUGAAACAUAUUGAGCUCAAGAUGUCAGAGUGUACAACGAAAUUGAGGAAGAACAAAGCUGGCUGCCACUACUGCUGCUGGGCCCGACUACGACCUGGCUCCGGUUCUCCGGAGCCAGGUGAAGCCGGCCAAGACUUCAUCGAGAUGAGAUAAGACGAGAUGAGAUGAGACAAGACAAGAAGAAAAGAAACAGGAGGGAACAGGACGAGACAUGAUGCUAUUGAUCCUUUACAUGUUGCAGCAGCAUAGUCUACCUACUGGACGUAAAAGAGUGCAGAAAUAUGAGUUUGUGUUUCGUACUGUUGCUGUAGUUGUUAAUAAAUUGAAACACUAAAUUGUUUAGUCUGGUUCUUCGCACACAAGCCUGAUCAGAAGUUGAAAGUAGCUUCUGUGAGCACGUGGUUCAUUUACAAAUCCAAAACCAAAAUAAGAUCCAGAUGUAGACACCAG